AUGCCCAAAGUCGUCGUCAUUAAGGCGAGCUCCGUUGGAGUAAUCUAUCGACUACUGCAGCUGGCAAUUUUUGUCUACUUUAUUGCUUGGGUGAUGUUCCAGGAGAAGGGCUAUCAGGCGUUUGAGCGGCCCAUCUCAGGCGUUACUGCACGAGUGCAUGGCACCGCUUUCAACAAUCAGGACCAUGAGGGUGGCUAUCAUGCUGGCGGUCCAAUAAUAUACACGGAAGCUGACCUUGUUGUUCCGCCGAUCCAGAAUGCAGGAUUCUUUCUCAUGACUCGAAUCUACAGCGCUAUAGAGCAAGAACAGGCAUUUUGUGCUGAGAGUCCAGAGUUGUUUGACGCCGUCUGUUCUUCUGAUGCCGAUUGUCCCGCUGGUGAGAUUGCAGGCACUAGACUACAAUCGACCCUUAAAGACGUGUCUUUCCCGCUGUUUUUCGAUAUUGACCUUGACGGCCAUGGACCAUUCACUGGACGUUGCCUGCCCGAGACGUCUACUUGUGAAGUGUAUGCCUGGUGCCCGAUUUUAGAGAAUAGUGAAGUGCGAAGGAGUUCCUGGUCUAAGAUAAUUGAGGUAACUUCAAAGUCAAAUCCGCUACAACGUCCAAACUUUCACCUGUUUACGAACCUGAAGUUUAUUGAACAGAGAGGUAGAGCAGUGGAGUUUCCGGUUUACAAAAGGGGUGAAGCCGAACCACUGUAUGACAUCUUAAACUUCACUGUUUCCAUAAAAAACAGUAUUGAAUUUCCCAUUUACAAAUUCAAAAAAAGAAACAUUUUACCUUGGAUGAAUGCCUCAUAUUUGAAGAAUUGCAUUUAUGAGAAAGGACACCCCUUUAAUGAAUACUGUCCAAACUUCCGCCUUCACAAUGUUAUUCAGCAGUCCGGCGCAGUGGUUCGGGAAAUCCUCAAAGACGGCGGCAUUAUUGAGAUCAGUAUUAAUUGGGACUGUGAUCUUGACUUGCAUGCAGAUAAAUGCUCCCCCAAAUAUUCUUUUCGGUACCUGGGCUCAAUUUCCGAAUCGCGCACGAACCAUCCAUUUACUAGCGGGAAAUUCAUUCCUUUGGAAGAGAAAUUUUACAGGGAGAUUGCUACUCACUAUGGCUCUACCCACCACAAGAGAAUGCUCCUGAAAGUAAACGGAAUCCAGUUCAUCAUUUCCGUCACUGGAAGAGCAGGAAAGUUCAAUUUGUUGGAAUUCAGUAUGAAAGUUGGUUCAAGUAUGGCAUUCCUCGGUACUGCCACCCUGCUCUGUGAUAUGAUUCUUGUGUACCUGAGCAAAGAUCGCUACCGUUACCGUAGUACUAUAAGUCACCUAAGUGAACUUACUCGCAGUGCUACUUUCAUUGCGCGCUAUGGGUCGGGAUUAGCAUCAGGUCCUAACAAAUGUCGGACCUCCGCGGUCGCAGGCCGAAAAGCGAAAUCGGGCACUGAAGAUGUUUCUGAACCUCCACCAAAACCAAGAAUGGAAAAUGUUAUCGAGUUAAGCCAGCUUUUGCAUCUAUACACAGUGAAACAGGGCAUCUCAACUGUUCUUUCUACUACCGAGCCCGAACCAAGUAUGCAGGCGAUCAGGAAACAAAAUGCCGAGGAAGGGGUAGGCGAGGCACAGCAAAAUACAGCAAUGAUGUUGGACUCCGAAAUAGAGCUCUCUUCACCAGGAACAAACUAUUAUAGUGAUCCUCCCUCACUUGGCCAGGACUUGAUUCCCUCCUUUUUUGCUCCAGAGAGUCUUUCUGACGCAGUCUUUAUGAACUAUGGAAAGUGA